CCCCCUCCACCGCCGUCCCCGGAAACGCUUCCUUCCUACGCCGUCGCUGCCGCUGCCUCCGCCGUCGCUGGACCUUUGCCUCUCUAGGCCGGUAGGGCUACUCCUCCAUGGUCCUGUCUGUCAGCGCUGUUUCGGGGGCCAACCGGUGAGACUGGGCCGCGCUCGGACGCUUCGAUCCUCGAGUCCGUCACCGGUGCCAGGGCGGCCUCGGACCCAUGGCGCGGCGGCGCUGACCCAGGCCCCGGGUGGCGGCCGGGCCCCGAGGGCCGGCAUGGCGGGCCAGUUCCGCAGCUACGUGUGGGACCCGUUGUUGAUCCUGUCGCAGAUCGUCCUCAUGCAGACUGUCUAUUACGGCUCGCUGGGCCUGUGGCUGGCGCUGGUGGACGGGCUGGUGCGCAGCACCCCCUCGCUGGACCAGAUGUUCGACGCCGAGAUCCUGGGCUUUUCCACCCCACCAGGCCGGCUCUCCAUGAUGUCCUUCAUCCUCAACGCCCUCACCUGUGCCCUGGGCUUGCUGUACUUCAUCCGGCGAGGGAAGCAGUGUCUGGAUUUCACUGUCACUGUCCAUUUCUUUCACCUCCUGGGCUGCUGGUUCUACAGCUCCCGUUUCCCCUCGGCGCUGACCUGGUGGCUGGUCCAAGCCGUGUGCAUUGCACUCAUGGCUGUCAUCGGGGAGUACCUGUGCAUGCGGACGGAGCUCAAGGAGAUCCCCCUCAACUCAGCCCCUAAAUCCAAUGUCUAGAAUCGGGUCCUUUGGACACCCGGCUGGGCACUUGGCCCCACCCCCCCAACACCUUGGGCUGCUCAGACCCUCCAGUCGAGGUCCAGCCCAGGUCUGAGAGGAACCCUGGAAAUGUGAAGUCUCUGUUGGUGUGGGAGAGAUAGUGAGGCCCUGUCAAGAAGGCAGGUAGCAGUCAGGACCACAACUGCAAGAAUGGCCUCUGUCAGCUGAAGCCUUGCUGUCUGGGAGGUCAGCAAGGGGACCUCUGUCAGGGUAAUAACAGAAUUGGAACCAUGUCAUUCUUGAGCCACCAUACCUGUCACCAGCCUGUUAUUUUAAAAAAGAACCAAAUCAAGGAUAUCUGAUUGGAGCAAACCACUCUUCUAGUCAUCUGUCUUACCUUCCCGGGACAGCUGUUACCUUUGCCAUGUUGCUGAACUGCAGCUAUUCUGUUUGGAGAAACGCUCAGUUUCUGGAUCUGUAGCCACAGAAAGAGACAGAGGUACAAAGUAUUAGGCUGCUGUCAGGGAGAGGAUGAGCAGAUGGAGGCAUCAAGCACGAGGAAAACACACAACCUGUGUCCUGCCACACACCUGUGUGCGCACACCCAUGAACCCAUGACUGACUUUUUUCCAGUUCUCUCUGCUGGGUCCCCACCUGCUGCCAGCGUUCAACAGAGCAGGCCCUAGGACCCAGAGAAGAGUCCCAGCAUCGCUCCUGGUCCACCCCUCGUGACAGAGUCACUGCCUCUUCUCUAGGAAUGACUAGGCACCCCAGCUUCCUCCGGACCUCACUUCUGGCAAUAGUUCCUUUUUCCUGCCUUCCUGGGAAUUCUGCGGUGGGAAGGGUAUGAUGGGUACCCAGAGACAGGAAGCCCAGCCUUCCAACUUGGGUUGUGCUGAUAGUGCUGAGGGAGAUAGGAAUUUGCUGCUAAGAUUUCUCUUUGGGGUGGCAUGUCCUCUGUGAGGGGCUUGCAGCUAUCCCUCCUAUGUACAUAAAUACAGUAUUUUCCAUGGUUCUGCCUGUGCUUACUUUGUCCUGCCAUGGUUGGGCCGGUGAGAGCCCUGCAC